GGUUGUAUUGCCGGAAGUGUGUACAGAUCACCCAUCAGUAUCCAGUCUGUGCAGUUGAACUCUAACUCAUCUUCAAAAUUCGAGGAAAAUGGUGUGCCCACUGUUGCUGCGGACUGGGAGGUAAUAGACCAUCCAGGUGGCAUACGUCGUCAUUCUCGUGUGCUUCCUUCGUUUCUCGUCAACCUGAUGGCCGAUGAUGUGUGGAAGCAGGCCGUUCAAGCUAGACGUGAGGCAUCUCGACGACAGUGUACUCAUCAACUUGGGCUCAUCAAUCGAACUAGCCAACCACCGGUUUAUAAUGGCAAUUGUCCUGGUAUCACAAUAAUCGUUGGUGGUGCUGAGGUCAGUCCAAUGAACCAGCAACUCCAUUCUACGGUGGCAAUGCAACUAGCCAGUUGGCUUAUUCGCGAGGAUGUUGAUCGUGUUUGUAUACUGAAAGGUGGUCUACCCGCCCUAUUGGCUCUUCCCACUGGAGCUGAUCUUUUGGUCUAUCCGGCACCGUACUCUGUGGCACAUUAG